AUGACGCUUUCAACGAGAAACAUCCAAUCCCCCCAAUCAUUCAGCAUCCUUCCCCGAUUCGUCCAAGAUCCCAACUCAGACUCGAGACAGAUGUAUGCCGACUCAGGCGGGCCCAAGGAGACUACCACAACUAACACGAUUCUAGUAUCUCGAACGCCCACAUUGUCAACGUUGAAAGAUGUGUCUAUUCCUGUCCCUCCUUUUGCAGAGCUGUCCGCGGCUUCUGAGAUCCAACGAGCACUGGGUCAUACCAGGCAGAAGUCAUCCUUAUCAUCACUUCGGAAGUUUCUUCCGAAGUUUUUACCAUUUGCGCUCCCAUUGUCGGCCGAUCCGCAGAUUCGGGCGUUGGCGGAGGCUGACUGCCGCCGUGAUAUCGAGACGCAGGCCGACGGCAACAUUCUCGAACAGUCACCAUGCGCAUCUUCCAUCUCGACACUCAGUGAAGUCACUGAUUCUGAUGCCCGCCACAGUGCAACUCAGCCGACGCCAGCCCGACCUCGUGCAGCUAGUGCGAACUCAACCGAUGCUCCUGAGGUUUUAGUACCGGCGCCUGUCCACGUCCGCAGAUCCAACACCGCACAUACUGCUCCCGUAUCCCGACCCACGUCUCGGUCUCAUCGAUCAAGCUACAUGCUGAUCCCGCCAAACCAGAUAGCCCGACGGCCCCUGAACCGAGCCCCCAGCCGAAGGGUCUCUCCGAUCGAGCCUGACACCGUACCCACGCAUACACAGCCCUCCAGCCGUCGGCGAAGCGAAAUCUAUCACUUCGAUCCGGUCCAGAUCCCUCGGCACACACAAAGUCAAAACAAUCGCCCCCAACGGCGCUUUGAACAAUAUCGCAACAUAAGCCCCAACUGGCGCAGAAACGACGUCGAGAUCCUGUAUCCCAGCACUCGCAGGCCUCGCAGCUCGACGUGCGGCGGCAUCGGCCCCGCGGGCCAUUUAGAUAGUAUCAGGGAGACGGGGACAUCGGUCGACGAGGCUCGAGUUCCCAACUCAGAAAAGAUGGGGAGAGGCAAUAUCCUGGACCGAAACACGUACCGCGGCGCCAACCGUACCAGUAUGCAUGGGUUUAGUUGA